GCCGCCCCUGCCGCCUGGGCGAGCCCGGGGCGGCCCCUCACCGGCCCCUCUAGCCCUGCUCAGCACAUUCCCCCGGCGGCAGCCCACUGAAGCCACCAACAUCUACUAAUGGCUGAUCGAGUGCUUGUGAUUGGCAGUGGAGGGAGAGAACAUGCUCUGGCCUGGAAAUUGGCUCAGUCUCCACACGUAAAACAAGUAUAUGUUGCACCAGGAAACGCAGGAACAGCUGACAAUGGAAAAAUUUCCAAUUCAGCGGUUUCAGUCAGCAAUCAUGCUGCCCUUGCCCAGUUCUGCAGAGACCAGGAGAUCAGGCUGGUCGUGGUUGGUCCAGAGGUUCCUCUUGCUGCUGGAAUUGUUGAUGACUUGACAGCAGCUGGAGUGAGAUGUUUUGGUCCAACAGCAAAGGCAGCUCAGCUGGAGUCCAGUAAGAGCUUUACCAAAGCUUUUUUGGAUCGUCAUGAGAUCCCGACUGCAAGAUGGAAAUCUUUUACUGAUCCUAAAGCAGCAUGUAGCUUUAUUAAUAGUGCAAACUUCCCUGCAUUAGUUGUAAAAGCUAGUGGCCUGGCAGCUGGCAAAGGAGUAAUUGUGGCUUCGAACAAAGAAGAAGCCUGCAAAGCGGUUACUGAAAUCAUGCAGGACAAGACUUUCGGCAUGGCUGGGGAAACUGUUGUUGUUGAAGAACUUCUUGAAGGAGAAGAAGUUUCUUGUUUGUGUUUCACUGAUGGCGUCACAGUUGCUCCCAUGCCUCCAGCCCAGGACCACAAGCGAUUAAUGGAUGGAGAUGAAGGUCCUAACACUGGAGGGAUGGGGGCUUACUGCCCAGCACCUCAGAUUUCUAAAGAUUUACUGCUGAAAAUAAGAGAUACUGUUCUUCAGAAAGCUGUUGAUGGCAUGAAGAAAGAAGGUGUCCCUUAUCUUGGUGUGCUUUAUGCUGGAUUAAUGCUUACCCAGGAUGGACUUAAAGUUCUAGAGUUUAACUGCAGAUUUGGUGACCCAGAAUGUCAGGUAAUUCUUCCACUGUUGAAAAGUGAUUUGUAUGAAGUGAUGCAAGCAGUCAUCAAUAGAAAGUUGUCUAGUUCCAUGCCUGUUUGGUCUGAAGACAGUGCAGCUGUGACUGUGGUCAUGGCUAGUGAAGGAUAUCCAGGAACGUAUCCCAAGGGUUUGGAAAUAACAGGACUUUCUCAGGCUAAACAACUAGGAUUGGAGGUGUUCCAUGCGGGCACGGCCCUAAAGGAUGGCAGAGUGGUGACUAAUGGAGGAAGAGUCCUUACAGUAACUGCUAUUAAAGAGGAUCUCAUCACAGCACUGCAAGAAGCCAACAAAGGAAUAGCAGCCAUACAUUUCAAGGGUGCCACUUAUAGAAAGGACAUUGGUUAUCGGGCAAUAGCUUUCCUGAGACAUUCCAGAGGCCUGACUUACAAAAACAGUGGGGUAGACAUCGCAGCAGGGAAUACUUUGGUUCAGAAAAUUAAACCCCUAGCUGCAGCCACAUCAAGGUCAGGCUGCAAUGCGGAACUUGGAGGAUUUGCUGGCCUCUUUGAUUUGAAAGCAGCUGGUUACAAAGAUCCUAUCUUGGUAUCUGGAACUGAUGGUGUUGGCACAAAACUCAAGAUCGCACAAGUGUGUAAGAAACAUGACACCAUAGGUCAGGACCUGGUUGCCAUGUGUGUCAAUGACAUCCUGGCUCAAGGAGCAGAGCCCCUCUUCUUCCUUGACUAUUUUGCCUGUGGUAAACUUGAUGUUGAAGUGGCUCAGGGUGUCAUUGCAGGAAUAGCCGAAGCUUGCAAAAAGGCAGGAUGUGCUCUGUUGGGAGGAGAAACUGCUGAAAUGCCAGGCAUGUAUCCACCUGGAGAAUAUGACUUGGCUGGCUUUGCCGUUGGCGCAGUGGAACGAGGGCAGAUGCUGCCCCAGCUGGACAGAAUUGCUGAUGGGGAUAUAGUUAUUGGAAUAGCUUCUUCCGGGGUUCACAGCAAUGGAUUUAGCCUCGUAAGGAAGAUUGUUGAAAAGUCAUCGUUAGAUUUCUCCUCUCCAGUUGGCAUUUCUGGUGAUCAGACUUUAGGCGAGCUCUUGUUAACCCCAACUAGGAUCUACAGCAAGACCCUGUUGCCUGUCCUUCGCUCAGGCCACGUGAAAGCCUGUGCCCACAUCACUGGAGGGGGCUUGCUGGAAAACAUCCCCAGAGUUCUGCCAGAGUCAUUUGGUGUCGUUUUAGAUGCUCUUAGUUGGAAGAUUCCUGAAAUCUUUAGCUGGCUCCAUAAAGAAGGGAAUCUCUCUGAGGAGGAGAUGGCUCGGACAUUUAAUUGCGGGAUUGGCACAGUGUUGGUGGUACAGAAGGAGCUGGCUCAGCAGGUUCUCAAGGACAUACAGAGACACGAGGCGGCCUGGCUGAUCGGGAAAGUUGUCUCCUUACAAAAAGGCUCUGCCCAUGUUAAAGUCCAUAAUCUGCUUCAAGCCUUGCAAACAAAUAGGUCACUGACUGUGCACAGCCAUAUCCAAGGCAAAAUCCAAACAAACAAAGUGAAGGUUGCUGUCCUUAUCUCUGGAACAGGCACAAACCUGGAAGCCCUCAUAAACAGCACAAAGAAGCCCACCAGUUUCGCACAAAUAGUUCUUGUUGUUUCUAACAAAGCUGGUGUGGAGGGGCUAAAGAAAGCUGAAAGAGCUGGUAUUCCUACAAGGGUUAUUGACCAUAAAUUGUAUGAAAGUCGCACAGAAUUUGACAAUGCAGUUGACAAAGUCCUUGAAGAGUUCUCAGUUGAACUGAUCUGUCUUGCUGGAUUUAUGCGAAUACUGUCUGGUCCUUUUGUCAAAAAAUGGGAUGGGAAAAUACUGAACAUCCACCCAUCUCUACUACCUUCUUUUAAGGGAGCAAACGCCCACAAAUUGGUGUUACAAGCUGGAGUCCGAGUCACAGGCUGUACUGUACACUUUGUAGCUGAGGAAGUUGAUGCUGGUGCUAUCAUUUUCCAAGAGGCAGUUCCAGUGAAGAUUGGUGACACGGUGGAGACCCUGUCAGAAAGGGUGAAGGAGGCCGAGCACCGAGCCUUCCCCGCUGCCCUGCAGCUUGUUGCCAGCGGAGCCGUCCGGGUGGGGGAAGCUGGCAAGAUCUGCUGGAAGUAGGAGCAGCACCCCAGCAAAGGUCCUCAGGUGGGACAACUGGCGUGCAUUAACCGAUCAAAACAGAGGUCACAACCUAAUGCGCACACUGCGUUCUCUUCAACAAGUGCUUUAAAUGUAGAAUUUAUCAUGUCCCGAUCUUGUUCGAAUCCUUAAAAGAUUCACAGUAAAACCUAGAGAAAGCCACAAGACGGGACAGCAGGCAGGGGACCAUGCUCAGUACUUUUAACUAUGGCUCUAUUACCACCUUCCUAAUUAUAAUCAAUUCCUUUGCCAACAUUUAAGUUCUCAAUUACUUUAACAAACAAAACUCCUUCAGCUGGUCACAGGGAGAUCUGAGCAUCUUUUGAGAUUGACUUAGGAACAUCAGUACUACUCUGUAAAUUGAUUAUACGAAUCGUACCAGGGGACUCUGUUGUCAUAUGCUGUGUGAAGUGUUUGUAAGGAUAAGUAGUGGAACUAGUAAAAUGGAAUUGGCAGCCACAGGCUUUCUUGUGAGACAUUGUGCUGAAGUUAGGUGCCUGUAUUCUGGGAAAAGUAUUUUUACCUGGAAUAUUAUUAAUGGUAACCCAGGAAAUGUAAUCAUUCUGAAAACAAUUGUUUACGCUUUUUGUACAGCUGAACUUUUGUCAAAAAACACUUGAUUUUUUUUUUUCUUUUAAUGUUUUGGCAUAGCUGUGAAAAUAUUUUAAUGCAUUUACUAAAAUAAUCACUUUGCCCCAUACAAACUAGAAGUAUCUUAAGGAAGCUGAUCAAGUACAUUUUAGAAGUCCCGUUUAAUACAGAGAAAGCUGAUUUGUACUCUGUUCUGAUGUCCGUACGGUAUUUCUAUAUAGCAGUGACCUCAAACUGGAUUUGAAAUAAAGUCUAAUAAAGUUUAAAACUUUAAAAACGUA